UUUUCUUUUCUUUUACUUCUGCAUCACAUGGACUGGCUUUAGACAGAGAUGGAAUGUAUUUGUAUCAGGUAGGUGCUAUCAGCACGAAAUGAAAUUCAUUAGAGAGCGUUAAAUAAAUGAAAUUUUGUUACUGACUGAAUAUUGGUCAAUGACAAAGUGGGCUUAUUGAUAACUGUAGCAGUUAGUAAUUUAUUGUUCAAUAUUUUGAUGCAGGAGGUGACAUGAGGCCUGAAGGUUCAGAGUAUUUAAUCUUCUGUAAUCAGACUCAAAUAUCAUGCCCAGAGGGAACCUACUUUUCAUCAGGGAUUUGUCUUGAGUGUCCUGCGGGGAAGUUCUGUCCUGGUAAUGUGUCUGCACCCAGAAAAUGUCCCACUGGCAUGUUUAACCCUUAUACUGGGAAAAGCAGUAUCCAGGACUGCCAGCCCUGUGUCCCAGGUUUGGUAAGCACAGAAGACCGUGUGGAAUGCAAGCUUUGUCCCGCUGGUUUCUCUUGUGACAGCGUAUCAGGCAACCUCACAGCGUGUCUGUCAGGACAGUAUUCACCAGAGGGAUUCACCCAGUGUCUGCCGUGUCCCUUUGGCUUUGUUUGCAUUGAGGGUUUUCAAAUGAAGUGUGGCCUCGGAGAAGAACCAAACUUAAACCAGACGGAGUGCGUUGAGUGUGCUGAAGGCUACUAUUCCACUCUGUGCAGUGCUCAAUGUCAGCUGUGUCCUGCAGGAAGCCACUGUCCGUACAAAAAGAUGUCUGCACCUCUUCCUUGUCCUGCGGGCCAUUAUUCAGACAUACUGGGCCAGACUGAGUGUAAAAAAUGCAAUGGUUCAUCAGCCUGCAGGAGUACAGUGACUCCGACCUGGUCAAGGGGACAGUUUCAUCUUGGGCAGAGGUCAAGACAGCUUAUCUCCUGUCCCCCUGGGACAUACCGAGACGGAGAGAGAUCGGACUGUGUUGUGUGUCCUGCAGGGCAUUACUGUGUUGCAAAUAUCGCAAUACAAUGCCCAUCAGGAACAUAUGGACCAAAGGAAGGGCUACAAAGAGAAAGAGACUGUGCUAUCUGUCCUGCAGGUUUUUACUGUUUGGAGGGCACGUCUCGGAGGCCCAGCUCUCAGUUUCUGUGCCCACAAGGGUAUUACUGUGAGGAAGGCACGGGUGUGCCGCACGGGUCACCUUGCCCUGCUGGAACUGCAGGAGGACAAUUGGGUCAGACAAGUAGAGCAGCUUGCAAGAGAUGUGCAGAGGGUCGCUUCUGUCCCACAGGUUCUGCGGGUCCUGGCUUGCUUUGUGCCCGUGGAAGGUACUGUCCAGCAGGCACGCUCAGUGAGAUCUUAUGUCCUCAAGGGACCUUCACCCCACAUCAGGGGGCACUGAGUGUAAAAGACUGUUUAAAGUGUCCACCAGGCUUCUACUGUCCAGAAGGAACAAGUGACCCAAUGCCUUGUCAGCCAGGCACCUUUAACCCCCUAGAGGGGCAGGAUGCGCUGGCAGACUGCAGGCCUUGUUACCCAGGCAAAGCAUGCACACAAGUUGCCCUGAAGUUUCCUGAUGUGGAUUGUAUGCCAGGGUUUGUGUGUCCGCCAGGUUCUGCCAGACCAAAUGACCCAUCCAACGCUUGCUCUCCUGGCACCCUUAGUAACCGCACAGACCUCACCGACCUCUCCCAGUGUCAGCAGUGUCCUGCGCGUUAUGCCUGUCUUCGAGGCACUGGUGGAAUCCAGAGGCCUCCGCUUUUUUGCUUUCCUGGACAUUACUGCCCUGUGGGCACUAUGUUCCCCACUCAGCACAAGUGUCCAGCUGGUACCUGGAGCGAUCGCAGUGGAUUGGAGUCGGAGCGUGAGUGCCGGCCAUGCACGAAAGGCUGGUAUUGUUUAGCAGGAGUGGGCGCUCCCUCUGGGAGAUGCAACUCGGGACACUACUGCCCUGAAGGUAGUGAUGCUGUGUGA